CAUGCAAAUGCAAUAGCCUUUCGGUGGCCACUAGUUGGCAAUAUCGAAGCUGGUUUCGUUGUACUCGUACACCUCAGUUUCGCAGAUUGACUUCAGCAACAGAAGAGGCGCACUACUAUGAUUUAGCUUGCCGGUUGGAAAACAGAAAUUAGGGGAAUGGGCGAUACACAACCGCAGGGGGAUCUUUUGAAAAUUACACAUCGAGAGAACUGGAAAGUGCAGCACGAGCGGCUUCACGUGAAGCACCGGGGCCAUGAGGCCAUGCACGCCGAGAUGGUGCUCAUCCUCAUCGCCACACUGGUGGUGGCCCAGAUUGUCCUGGUUCAGUGGAAGCAGAGACACAGCCGCUCCUACAACCUGGUGACCCUGCUGCAGAUGUGGGUGGUGCCGCUCUACUUCACCAUCAAGCUGUACUGGUGGCGCUUCCUCUCCUUCUGGGGCAUGUUCUCCGUCAUCACCAGCUACAUCAUCUUCAGAGCCACACGCAAGCCCCUGUCCGGCCGAACACCCAGAAUGGUGUACAAGUGGUUCCUGCUCAUCUACAAACUGAGCUAUGCAGUGGGAGUGUUGGGUUACCUGGCCAUCAUGUUCACCAUGUUUGGCUUUAACGUCCUAUUCAGGAUAAAAGCAGAGGACUCCAUGGAUGUGGGUGUCAUCAUGCUCUUCUAUGGUCUCUACUACGGUGUAAUGGGACGGGACUUUGCAGAGAUUUGCUCCGACUACAUGGCUUCAACCAUAGGGUACUACAGUGUGGGUGGCAUGCCCACGCGCAGCCUCUGUGAUGACAUCUGUGCCGUGUGCGGGCAGAAGAUCCUGGUGGACGUGGAUGAAGAGGGCAUCAUUGAAGACACGUACCAGCUCUCCUGCAACCACAUAUUCCAUGAGUUCUGCAUUCGUGGCUGGUGCAUCGUGGGAAAGAAGCAGACCUGUCCCUAUUGCAACGAGAAGGUGGACCUGAAGAGGAUGAUGAAAAAUCCUUGGGAGAAAACACACGUGUUGUACGGACAGCUUUUGGAUUGGCUGAGGUACCUCGUUGCUUGGCAACCCAUCAUAAUUGGCAUCGUUCAUGGAAUCAACUUCACCUUGGGCCUGGAAUAGAGGGAGUGGCAGAAACAAACAAACAAACAAACAAAAAAACGAACUAUGAACCAUUUUUUAGCAGCUUGCACGGUUUUGUCUGUUAGUAUUUAUAAAAUGUUAUUUCUGUACUUUACCAUGUAUAGAUGCAGAUGCUUUUGUAUCAUAGUAUUUAUUUAAUACAGUAUCAAGUGCUUCACACAGCCAGCUCAGCCAAUGACUUGCAUUGUAAAGGGAGGGAUUUCAACACAUCAAAAUGUCUAAAAAUGUGGAAGACCGGUUGACGCCGUUUGUCGUAUUUGAUUUUUUGUUCUUAUUCGCUCACGUGACCCAUUUCUCCGUUGUGCCUCACUCACCCAAUGUUUCUGUUCCGUUUACUCUCGAGCCAAAUGAGACGAGUCAGAGACUAUGAGCUCGAUUUUAAUAUGUUCCUUACUGUGGCUCCUUCAUGUUUACUGUUGAGGGUAUAAGCAAUGGUGCCAUAAGAGGUGAUUCUCAUGAAUCCGUAGAGGUAAGAAGGGAGAAUAUCACUCCAGUGAUCUCGUGUGUAAAUGAGAGUAUUCUUUUUUUGUUCUGGUGAGGAAAGCUCAUUUUUUGGAGGGUCUAGCACAUUUGUAUCCAUCCAUAUCUGUGUUUUGUUGGUUUGUGGUCAGCUGAUUGUUGACAGACUAUUGUUCUGAAAUCCUUCACUGACAAUGAGAGAGAAAUUUUAAAAGAAAAUCUCAAGCCUCA